GAGAGUACAAAGGGAUUAUGAGAGCGUCAAGCCGAACAACAUCUACACAAUAUUGGCUUGCUUUUGUUUGCUUUCGAAUGCCAUCGAGAAUUGAACAGAUGUGUUAAGAAAUAAGACAAAUAUUUAUCAUUAUCCUUUUAAUUAUAGGUAGAAACUUUCUUAGAUUCUUUAUAGAAGAAGAAAACAGAUGUAGUUUGAAAUGGGUAAGAGCUCUUCUCGUCCCGAGGAGGUCAAUCGACCGCCAUGUGUUCUUGAGCUGAAGAACGUGACUGAGUCGCUCAAGGAAGAGGCGUCGUGCCAGACGGCAGAGGACCUGUGUGAAACCCACGGGGAGAGGCUGAAGUUGUUUUGCGUGGACCACCAGAAGCCUAUCUGUGUGAUUUGCAGGGACGCAAACGAUCACAAGAAACACCAAUAUGUACCCAUCAAUGAAGCAGCGGCAGACAGCAAAAAAGAACUGAGGAUUGCAGUGAUGCAUUUGAGAACCAAAUGGAGCAAAUCUGACGAAGAGAAACUGACAUGUGACAAAAUGUGCAGCCAUAUUCAGAAACAGGCAGAGCAGACAGAAGAGAAUAUUAAAGGAGAAUUCCAGAAAAUUUACAAGUUUCUGCGUGCAGAGGAGGCUGCUCGCAUCGAUGCACUAAGGAAAGAGGCGGAAAAGAAGAGUCAGGCCAUGCAGAUCAGACGCGCCAAUCUGAUUGCUGAGAAUUCCUCUAUUUCCAAAACAGUGAAAGCUGCAGAGACAGACCUGGAGGCUGCAGACCUCUCAUUCAUGCUUAACUACGAAGCAAUCAAAAAUAGGGCCCAGUGUACCCUGCCAGACCCUGAGACUCCAUCAGGGGCCCUCAUCGAUGAGGCCAAACACAGAGGGAACCUGCUCUUCCACGUCUGGAAGAAUAUGAAGAGCAUAAUUCAAUACACACCUUUCUGUUUGGAUCCCAACACUGCAAAAUCCAACAUGAUUGUGUCUGAGGAUUUGAUGAGUUUGACAAUAAACAACGAAAGUCCAGAAGUCCCUUCAAACCCAGAGCGAUGCUUUGGGCAUGCUCAUGUCCUUGGCUCCACUGGGAUUAGCUCUGGGAUACAUUUCUGGGAUGUACAUUUGGGGGAUAAUUGCGAAGUUGGGGUUAUAACAAAAUCUAAAGAGGAGACCCGGGCUAGUCUCUUCGUCCACGACAGUCUUGUUGUAGGUCAACAUAGUCCAGAAAAUGAAGACUAUCCGAUAGCAGUUGAUCACUUUCCUAAAAACAUCAGAGUACAGUUUGGACAUGACAAAGGAACGCUGUUGUUUUAUGACCUUGACACAAAAAAAGACCUACAUACAAUUACACACAAGUUCACAGGAGUCUAUUUCCCAUUUUUCCGUGGUGAUGUUAAACUUAUCCCACAGUGCUCCCCAUUAGUGUAGCCUCAUGGUAAUAGACACAUUAAAGAGGAAACAUGACCUUUCUAAUCUGUAUUCUGCCAUUAUUGAUUCACUGCAUAAAGGAAUACAUUUGUGUUUAUUGGUUCCACAGGAACAUUUUGUUAAUACCAAAUGUAUCACAAAUGAUCUAUGAUCUUUGGUUUAUUUUUUGUUUGAAUCAUUUUAAAGUUGUAGAUUUAUUGUCUGAUUUACAUAAUUGUAAGACAUAAUUGAGAAUGUAAUGCCAAAUAUAAACCCUGACAAUCUUUUGAUGUUACUAAUUUUACUUCCCUGUUUAUGUACAAGGUUAACAUGUAUAUGUUUAGAAAUAAUGUGGCAUGUCAAUGUACUCUCCGGGUACACAGAGUGAUGGUUCAUUCCCAUAACAUGCCUGUCUUCAAACCUAAAUGACAGAAUAGUUUGUUUGUAUAGGACGUCCAACAAGACCCAGAAGAACGUUUAAGCCCCCUAUCGCCUUUUUGAAGAAACAGCAAUACUGUAUAGUGUGUAUACUGUACAAUAUGUCAAGGUUCUUUCUUGCCAAACAAAAUGGAUGACAUAGUUUUUUUUGACAGUGGAAAAUACAACAUUUUAAGUUCUUUCAGCAUUAAAAUGCGUUUUGAUGACAUUUCUAGCGGUAAAUGCACGUUUUAUUACGUAAUCUUGAGUCAGUGAAUGUAUAUGACAUUUAGUAUGUUAGUUAAUGCAACAUUUUCUAUUGCUGCCAUGGUGAUUCUUAUGAAUGCUACUAUCCCUUAAACCACUCAGCUUGCAUGUUGUUUUAAUCAAUGUCUUUGCGUUGUGUAGUCAUCUGGGGUCUCAUUUAUAACCGUUGCGUACGCACAAAACGGGGCUGAAAUUGGCGUACGUGACUUUCCACGCCAAGGUUGUGAUCUAUAAAAAAACAACUUGACGGGAGAAUGUGCGCAGCCCUAAGCAAACUCUGACCCAUGCGUACGCAUGGUUUGGAGGAAAAGGACAAUUGGCAACACAGAUGGUGUGGUGGUGAAUUGAAGUCAGACAGAAGAAUUGUAGAGUGAGAAGAACGAUUAAGUUCUAUCAUCGCCCUUCAAAAAUUUAAUUUCAACCCGUAUCAUGCGUUAAAUCUAUGUAAUCAGAAUAAUUUAAGUCAACUUCGUUAUUUCUCAGUUAUAACUCCAGAAACAUCUCCUUAGAAUAGAAAUGAAAAAAAAACCUCUAUAUUUAAUCCCGUCAUUCCAUACUGUCCACUGAAGGCGCGACUGCAUGGAAUAAAGCAUCUGUCCAACAUGUGUCAAUAACAUAAUAUUUUUAUGUGACACUGUAAACACAUAAUCAAAUGUCAAUUAAAUCCCAAGUGUGGAAAACCAAGCCACACUCCUCAUCACAAUCGUUGUCCGUUACUCUUGAUGCUUUUCAUGACAAAUCAGGCAUUAAAAAUGGGUUAUGUUCAAGAACAUUUUACGUGGGUGUUUACAAACUGAUUAUCCAAGGUGUUCUCGGUCAGUCUUAUUACCGUAACCCUAUAAAUACAGAGGUGAGCGCCGUGGUAAUGCUGCACCAUAUGGCACUUCUGGCGGACCAUGCAAAUGGCAGGAUUCGGAGGGAGAGGGUAUUUAGGGACCAUAACGAU